AUGUCCUCCAAAGCCAUCCGUGAAUACGACGCCAAACUCCUCCUCGCAUACUGGCUCGAGCGUGCACCUCCCAUCGCGCCCCAUGCCCAAGUCAAAACCAAAUUCGUCUACCCCACCGCCAAAGUAGCUCAGAUCGCAUGGGACCCCGCGACGGACAGCAUCACGCCCGACACGCAACUCCCUUCUUGGGUCUUCACAUCCAAACUCGUAGCAAAGCCUGAUCAGCUCAUCAAGCGCAGGGGAAAGGCGGGCUUGCUCGCUCUUAACAAGACCUGGGACGAGGCGAAGCCAUGGAUCGCGCAGAGGGCCGGAAAACCACAAAAAGUCGAAUCCAUCACAGGAACCCUCAACAACUUUAUCGUAGAGCCUUUCCUUCCCCACCCCUCCCACACCGAAUACUACGUCUGCAUCACAUCAGGCCGUGAAGGCGACUCCAUCCUCUUCACCCACGAAGGCGGCGUAGACAUCGGCGACGUCGACGCAAAAGCCCUCGUUCUCAACCUUCCCGUCAUCCAGCCGUUCCCUACACGCGACGUCAUCGCGUCCACCCUCCUAACCCACGUCCCAGCAGAGAAAAAGGAUACCCUCGUUGAUUUCCUCAUUCGCUUGUAUAGCGUUUACGUUGAUCUGCACUUUGCGUACCUCGAGAUCAAUCCCCUCGUUGUCCUUGACGCGAAGGAUGGGGGAGAGCCAGAGGUGGCGUACCUUGAUAUGGCGGCCAAGCUCGAUCAGACGGCCGAGAGCAUUUGUGGACCCAAGUGGGCUAUUGCUCGUGAUUUGUCGGUUUAUAACCAGACGGCGACUACCUCGACGACGGGUGGAAAGGUCUCUGCUGAUCGUGGUCCUCCCAUGGUCUGGCCUGCUCCUUUCGGUCGUGACCUCACCAAAGAGGAAGCAUACAUCCAGAAACUGGACGGUUCGACCGGUGCUUCGCUCAAACUUACCGUGUUGAACGCAGAAGGCCGCAUCUGGACUAUGGUGGCGGGUGGUGGUGCCAGCGUCGUGUAUUCCGAUGCCAUCGCGGCCCACGGGUUCGCUCACGAGCUUGCCAAUUACGGAGAGUAUUCUGGUGCUCCUACAGAGGGACAGACGUACGAAUACGCGAAGACUAUCAUCGACCUCAUCACUCGUGGGACUCCUCACCCAGAGGGCAAGAUUCUCAUCAUCGGUGGUGGUAUUGCCAACUUUACCAACGUCGCUGCCACCUUCAAAGGCAUCAUCCGUGCCCUCAAAGAGUACAAGAGUCAGCUGAUCGCUCACUCCGUCAAGAUAUUUGUUCGUCGUGGUGGACCGAACUACCAGGAAGGUCUAAAGGCCAUGCGUCUGCUCGGCGAGAGCCUGGGCGUCCCCAUCCGCGUCUUUGGGCCGGACACACACGUCACGGAGAUCGUGCCCCUCGCUUUGGGGAUUGACAUCAACAAGUCCAAGACUUCCUCCAACGUUGGCGUUGAUGGCCUUCAUUCCGUUCAGCCCGAUACACCACCUGCACGGGUUGCCCCCGUCGCAGACAGCACCGAUGCCGUUGGGUCUAUCCACCCUGACGGCGAGCGUACGCAGAUCGCGGACCAUAUCGUACAUUUCGAGACGAAGAGCACGAGUACCGCACGGCCUUCGUACAGGCCUUUCGACGCCAACACCCGUUCGUUCGUGUAUGGUCUCCAACCACGUGCCAUCCAAGGCAUGCUGGACUUUGACUACUCGUGCGGGAGGCAGACACCCUCAGUCGCAGCUAUGAUCUACCCCUUUGGCGGCCACCAUAUCCAAAAGUUUUAUUGGGGGACAAAGGAGACGUUGUUGCCUGUAUACACCGGGUUCACCGAGGCGAUCGCGAAACACCCUGAUGUGGAUGUUGUUGUGAAUUUUGCGAGUUCGAGGAGUGUGUAUUCGAGUACGUUGGAGUGUUUGGAGUUUGAGCAGAUCAAGGCUAUUGCGUUGAUUGCGGAGGGUGUUCCGGAGCGGCAUGCGCGUGAGAUACUUUGGAAGGCGAAGGGGAGGGGGGUGUUGAUUGUUGGCCCUGCGACUGUUGGUGGGAUUAAGCCUGGGUGUUUUAGGAUUGGGAAUUCGGGAGGGAUGAUGGAUAAUAUCAUUGCGUCCAAGCUUUACCGCGCCGGUUCGGUGGGAUACGUGUCUAAAUCUGGAGGCAUGUCGAAUGAAUUGAAUAAUAUCCUUUCGCUGGUCACCAACGGUACCUACGAGGGUAUCGCCAUCGGCGGCGACCGAUACCCCGGUUCUACAUUCAUUGACCACCUCCUCCGAUACGAACAAGACCCCGACUGCAAGAUGCUCGUUCUCCUAGGCGAAGUUGGGGGUAUCGAAGAAUACCGCGUCAUUGACGCCGUUAAAGCUGGAAUCAUCAAGAAACCGAUCGUGGCGUGGGCUAUUGGGACCUGUGCGAAGAUGUUCACUACCGAAGUCCAGUUCGGGCACGCGGGGAGCAUGGCGAAUAGUGAGCUUGAGACGGCUGACGCGAAGAAUAGGGCUAUGCGCGCUGCUGGAUUCGUUGUCCCCGAAACGUUCGAACAGCUGCCUACCGUACUUAAAGAAACCUAUGAAGGGUUGGUGAGGAGUGGUACGAUAAAGCCUAGUGGGGAAGUUGAGCCGCCUGUUAUUCCUAUGGAUUAUAAAUGGGCGCAGGAGUUGGGUUUGAUAAGGAAGCCUGCGGCGUUCAUAUCGACUAUUUCGGAUGAGAGGGGGCAGGAGUUGUUGUAUGCUGGGAUGAGGAUAUCGGAUGUGUUCAAGGAGGAUAUUGGGUUGGGGGGUGUUGUUAGUCUUUUGUGGUUUAAGAGACGUCUCCCACCCUGGGCCACCAAAUUCAUCGAAAUGGUGCUCAUGCUCACAGCCGACCACGGCCCUGCCGUUUCUGGCGCCAUGAACACCAUCGUCGCUUCUCGCGCGGGCAAGGACCUUAUCUCGUCUUUGGCCUCUGGGCUCUUGACCAUCGGAAGUCGCUUUGGAGGUGCGCUUGAUGAGGCUGCUUCGAUGUUUUCGAAUGCGAGGGAUACGGGGUUGACGCCUAGGGAGUUUGUUGAUAAUUCGCGCAAGGCGAAUAAACUCAUUAGCGGUAUUGGACACAAGAUCAAGAGUGUGAAUAACCCUGAUCUUCGUGUCGAGUUGGUGAAGGAGUAUGUACACAAGAACUUCCCUAGCCAUACUCUCCUUGAUUAUGCGCUUGCUGUUGAGAAGGUUACUACGGCCAAGAAGGAUACUCUCAUCCUAAACGUCGACGGCUGCAUCGCCGUAAGCUUUGUCGAUCUCCUCCGGGACAGCGGCGCUUUCACCCCCGAAGAGGCGGACGAGUACAUCAAGAUUGGGACGCUGAACGGGCUGUUCGUCCUUGGAAGGAGCAUUGGGUUCAUUGGUCAUCAUCUUGAUCAGAAGAGGCUCCGCGCGCCGCUGUAUCGUCAUCCUGCGGAUGAUAUCUUCAUUAAUAUGGCGGAGGUUUCGCAGCCUAGGGUUUUGGGGAGGAUGCAGUGA